GGGUGACCAGUGGGGGCCCGGGAACGCCCAGCAAGGCUGGAGUGCUCAGACACCUUCCAGGCCUUAGUUUCCCCUUCCGUAGAGGGAGGGCAAGCAGCUGACCACCCUGGCGUCCAGACUCUGCCAGACUGCCCAGGGAAGAUGCCCGUGUUCGAAGACACCUCUGGAAGAGAGUCCCGCGGGCGGCCCCCUCCUCUUCCUACUCUGCCCCUCCCCCUCCCCUGCUCUCCGGCCCCCGCCCCCGCCCCGCCUCCGCCUCCGGUGUGCGAUGGGGGGCGGGCAGCGGGCUGAGCCAAGAGCAGCGGAGCUGGGCCGACGCUGCCACCUGAUCCCAUCCAAGCGCGGAGAGGCCAGCGAGCGACCAGCACUCUGCGCGCUGGGCCCCCAGCGCCCUCGGACCCUCAGCGGAUUUCGCCGCAAGGUCUGGGGAGAUAGCGGCGACCCCCCUCCACGCGGGUCCCGGCAGAGUCCGGUCAGCGCCUCACAGGAACACUGGCCCUGCUACCGGAGCCCCAGGAGCCCCCAUGAGUGCCGGCGAAGGGAGUCCUGGAUAGUGAGGCCCUGGCUGAUCCAGGGGUACCCCAAGCUGUUCCCUCUGAGCUGCCCGCCUCUGCAGGACUCUCCGCCGCGCCCCAAGCACAUGACCGUGGCCUUCCUGAAGACGCACAAGACUGCGGGCACGACGGUGCAGAACAUCCUGUUCCGUUUCGCCGAGCGCCACAACCUGACGGUAGCCCUGCCGCACCCGAGCUGCGAGCAUCAGUUUUGCUACCCGCGUAACUUCUCGGCGCACUUCGUGCACCCGGCCACGCGGCCGCCGCACGUGCUGGCCAGCCACCUGCGCUUCGACCGCGCGGAGCUGCAGCGCCUCAUGCCGCCGGGCACCGUCUACGUCACCAUCCUGCGCGAGCCGGCCGCCAUGUUCGAGUCGCUCUUCAGCUACUACAACCAGUACUGCCCCGCCUUCCGGCGCGUGCCCAACGCGUCGCUCGAGGCCUUCCUGCGCGCGCCCGAGGCCUACUACCGCGCGGGCGAGCACUUCGCCAUGUUCGCGCACAACACCCUGGCCUACGACCUGGGCGGCGACAACGAGCGCAGCCCCCGCGACGACGCCGCCUACCUGGCGGGCCUCAUCCGCCAGGUGGAGGAGGUCUUCUCGCUCGUCAUGAUCGCCGAGUACUUCGACGAGUCGCUCGUGCUGCUGCGGCGCCUGCUGGCCUGGGACCUGGACGACGUGCUCUACGCCAGGCUCAACGCGCGCGCCGCCAGCUCGCGCCUCGCCGCCAUCCCCGCGGCGCUCGCGCGGGCUGCGCGCGCCUGGAACGCGCUCGACGCCGGCCUCUACGACCACUUCAACGCCACCUUCUGGCGCCGCGUGGCGAGUGCUGGCCGCGCCUGCGUGGAGCGCGAGGCGCGCGAGUUGCGCGAGGCCCGAGAGCGCCUGCUGCGGCGUUGCUUUGGCGACGAGCCGGUGUUGCGGCCCGCGGCCCAGAUCCGCACCAAGCAGCUGCAGCCGUGGCAGCCCAGCCGCAAGGUGGACAUCAUGGGCUACGACCUGCCCAGCGGCCGUGCCGGUCCAGCCACCGAGGCCUGCCUCAAGCUGGCCAUGCCUGAGGUGCAGUACUCAAGCUACCUACUGCGCAAGCAGAAGCGCCGAGGAGGCAUGCGCCUCCGGCCCGAACCGGUCCUAGACAACCCCCCUCCUCGGCCCAUCCGGGCGCUGCGCCCAGGCCACUGAGCUCCGGGUGGGAAUCUGGCUCCUGACCUGCCCACCAGGCUCUUUCCUAGGGCUGCCUCCGGGUCCCACCGCCUCAGGGCCCUUUCUCCCGAGAGGGGCUGCAGCAGUAAGUGGAGGCGCAUCUCCCUGUUUGAGCCCAGCUCCCAGGAAGGUGUAGGCCCAAUCGAACCCCGGGCCACUCUCUCAUUUGUCCUAACUGGUUGGUGGCUUUGCCAAGAGAUUUGAGGCCCAUUCAGAACUGCCCACCCUGCCUCCUUAAGGGGAUUGAGGACCCCCACACACACACACUUAUCUUUUCCAAAUGGAUGAGUCCAUGCCACAGAGAGGGGCUGAGCUCUGGGAAAGGCUACUCCGCCUGUCACCCUCCCCGGGUCUUGCUCUUCCUGCUAGGGGUCAGGACCCCACACUGUCUGUCUUCCAGGUUCCACCCUCCUAACAGACCUAAGCUGCUCCCAGACCCCCAGAACCCAAAGUUCUUGGGGUGGGCCUUUUGUUUGUUUGGUUUUCCUUUUUUAAAUAAAAUAUUUUAAAAUGUG